CUUGAUCAGAUGACUGCGCGACGCAAAAGAAAAGGGGUUUUCAUAGUUCCUGUAAGAUUGUGGCUAUUUUGUUCAACCAAACACGGAAUUUUCGUGAUCAAAGUAAGGGGCAGCAUAAAAACACCCGCGCUAAAAUUGCAGGAAGAUUACAGCUGGCAGGGUACUCUAAGUACAGUUACAUAAUCAAGCUUUCAGGCAUAUCGAAACCAGAAGCACAAGGAAUUAUUAUAUAGACUUUAUAUUGUCCAUUGGGAAGGCGGGGAAUACAAAGCACCGUGCCAUCAAUACAGCUUUUGAAUGCAUCCGUUAUUCACGAACUAUUCAAAAAAGAAACAACUUCACCUGUACAACUUCAUCUUUUGGAAGAAAUCGACCAUCUACUAACGCAGUACAUGGAUUAUCUGUCCCCGUCUCUCAGAUGAAGUUGAGGACUGCUGCACGUCCUUUGCUGCUCUGGGUCUCGCGUUGACUAAGUGUGUUUGCCUACCUACUGUUCUCUCUGCCUUCCCCCUUGGCCCUGUUCAAUUACCCUGGCUGGCUUGUUUGUUGUCGGCGGUAACGCUGUUGCCGUGGAUGAUGUCCGAGUGUUUGCAGCUCUCGUUUGCUCUGUGCCGGAUUGGCUUUUUCACGUGUUUCAGAGCGCUGUGCUGCAAGGGGCCGCCCCCGCCCAGACCCGAGUACGAUGUGGUGUGCAUCGGACUGACUGGCGCCGGCAAGACCAGCCUCCUGUCCCGCCUCUGCAACGAGGGAGCAGACAACAUCGUACCCACCACAGGUUUUAGUAUCAAAGCCGUACCAUUCCAGAAUGCCAUCCUAAAUGUAAAGGAACUUGGAGGCGCCGACUCGAUCAAGAAGUACUGGAGCCGGUACUACCAGGGGUCCCAGGGUGUGAUCUUCGUCCUGGACAGCGCCUCGUCGGACGAGGACCUGGAGAUGGCCCGGACAGAGCUCCACUCGGCCCUGCAGCACCCCCAGCUCUGCACGCUCCCCUUCCUACUACUGGCCAACCACCAGGACAAGCCGGCCGCGCGCUCCGUACAGGAGAUCAAGAAGUAUUUUGAGUUGGAACCACUGGCACGAGGAAAGAGUUGGAUACUAGAAGCCAGUUCUGUGGACAACAUGGAGGCUGUGAGGGAAAGCUUCACUCAGCUCAUCUCCUUGCUGGAAGAGAAGGACACGGAACCAGGAAGGUUAUGAAUGCAGCUCACCUCGAAGACAAAAUAGACUACAGCCCAAACACAAACUGUUAGAAAACGGCUGGUAUCUCACUGUAUCCGUGCUGUUGCUGAUGACGACGAUGAUGAUGAUGAUGAUGUUGGGGUGAAUCAAAAUGGAUCUUAAUAUCUGACAAAAAUGACUAUUACAGCAAUAAAAGCAGACAGUCAGUGACCACGUAGCACCAUAAAGAAAGACCACAAAUAUCAGUUCAGCCCUCUCAAUAUGAUCAAUGGUAUAGGAAAAUAUAAGCUGUUAAAAAAGUGCAAACAAUAAAUAUUGUUUACUCCUCUGUGUGCCAUUUUAUUGAAAGAAAUAUGGUUUAAUUCAAAUGUAGUGAAUUUUUUGGAGUAAAUGUGUCUUCUUGAAUGCCUGUGUCGUUGCGUAUUGCUACUGAACACUAUUUUUAAAUGCAUAUUCUUGAUAUUUAGAAUGACUGGAAAGCAUGGUUGUCAAAUGCAACCUAUCCUGAGAACAUGAAAUGUUUUAGUGGCACAUUUGUAGUCAGGCCUUAAGUAACAGGAUUUUUUUUUUUUUUUUUUUAAACCAUCAAACAUUUUAAGUGUCUUUGCAUAUCUAUGACCUAAUCUAGUUAAUUUCUGGAAACCCAUCAGGACUGUAACAGUGGGAUCUAAAGCUGUCCAGAAAUUGAUAGACAACUUAAAUUAAGGAAAGCUUUUCCUAGUUUGUUAGAGUAAAAUGCAUGUUCUAGCACUAAACAAAGAGCAUAGCAGCACAACCUCUAGACCUUUAAAGGCUUUUUAUUCUUUCUAAAUGAGGACAUUAUUUUAAAUUGACAGAAGCUUCCUAGAACUGUGAAUUAUCUUUUCUUCUGGAAAGAAUAAUCAAUCAUAGACCAAAAGCAAAUACAUGGUUCUGUUAUCUUCUACGUUUGUGAAUUUUCUAAUUUGAGCCUAUUUUUAAUAAUGCUGGUGGUCUCAGAGCUCACAAAGGCAUGUCAGUAUCAAGAAAAGUAAAUAAUGCUUAAAUGUAUUAGUCAAAGGACAAAGCACAUCAUGGUGAAAUUAGCCUGUAGUGUUAGGUGGGCAUAAGCCUGCACAUCCUCCGUCUAUAAGAAUCUAUAAACAUGUUUAUGUACAAUACGUACAGCCUUUACAAGCACUUUAUCUUGUAAAGAUGUUUUAUUCUGGCUCAAGCGUUUAGAAAAGUAUGUAAUGUUUGUUAUAUCUAGGCAUUGGUUGAGGCUCUAGGUGUGUUUCUCAUUCUUGUUGUUGUUGUUGUUGUGAUUGCUUUUGAAUGUAAAACACCCUUGUACAAAAAAAAAAAAGAAAAAAGAACGAAAUUGCGGCUGUCUGUUGCAUAUCUCUUUGUGUAGAAUACAAACACUAUCAAUCAGCAGCCAUGACAGUUGUGCCUGAACAGUGGUCAUCUGACUCUCAAAUUUCCUCCAGUUGCUUGGUAAGACCCCUUUGAGCCCAUCACUUCUCGCCCAGUGCGCGUGCCCAUACACUCCAGCCUCUAACAUUAUAGUAGUGAAAUAAAUUCAGUGAAUAAUUAUCAAUGACCGCUUAUGUUAAGAACCUCAACCCUCCAGGUCCCAGUUUUCACACACUAUGUGCCACAGGUGUUCCAAAGUGCUUAGUGUAAAAGAAAAAAGGUCUUAUCAUACUUUUACUUAUUUUUUUAGAGUAUGCUUGGUGCGUUUGUUGUAUUUAUAGAAUCAACCAAAUUUUUAUACCCUGUUAGCCAAUUCAGCUGCCUUUUUUGUAAUUCAUUUAUAAUAGCAAGGAAUUUGUACAUUUAUUAUAGAUAGUCUUGUUAGUUGACUGGGCAUAUGCCUAUGUUUGUACUGGAAGAAAUAUUCUAUAUUUAGCAGUUAAUUUUGGUGGGUCAUUCACAAGUUCUGCUGUGUAUAUGUGUAAUUUAUACAUGAUUCCCACUGUCCAACAAUGAAAAUAAAGGCUGAAUAAAGAA